AAAAUUAAAGUGCUUCAGUUCUAUUUGGUUCUGUUUAGGCAGGAUAUUUCAACGUGAUUAGUGUUUGUGGUAGUUUAUAAAUCUUAGCAAUAUAGUUUGAUUAUAAAUCAUUCAUUUUUUAUGAAUAAAUUUUUGUAAACUGAGAUUAUUAAAAUUGAAAGUAGAAUUGAGAAUGGCAUUAAACUUUUUGCAACUGGCCUAUGACACAGUGAAAGACGAGUGGGACCUUCCUGAUAUCAAUUAUUUGAAGUCACUAGAUGGAUCAAACUCUUCACAACAGGUAUUGGAGGACGUGGCCAAAGAAGCAGCCAGAAAAAUGUUGGCCCACUUUGCAACCAUCGCAUCCAACAAACUUCUCGAGGUGCUCCUGCAAAAGUUGGAAACACUAACUCUGCCCGAUUGUAAAGGAAAGUCUCAGGCAGCAAUAACAGAAGUAGAUUACGAGGCAACAAAUGGCAGGGUAAGUAGAGCAUCCAGACCCCUCUCAACAGUUUCGGUGGACGGGGGAAACAUCACGUGGGCGGUCAACGAUAUUGGGGUUCAGAGUUUAGGGGAUUGGAAAUAUAAUUUGGCCGGAGGUCUGUUGAGUGAUCGAGGAACGUAUGAACUUUCAAUGAAUGGAAUGGCUUUCCAGUUUUCUGCAAAUAUUGUUAAAGUUCCAGGAGAAGCUUUCGACCUUCAACUUGGCGAUUGCAACUUUACCCGCGGUCAACCGGAUCUCCAGUUUGGUGGUAGUCCCGGUUGCAUGCUGCUGCAGUGCCUCUUCCAGGACUCAGUUAGGCAGGGACUCAGUGAGGCUAUCCCCCAGCAAGUUGUUGAUGGGGUGAAAGAAUUGGCUAUGCAGACCGCCCCUUUCUUGAGGGAGUUCCACGCCUACUGGCCCCUGGCCAUGGGGGUCAUACAAGUGACCUCUGAUCUCGUCAACAGUCUCACGAAAGGAUUUUGACCUUUUAUUUUCGAUUAUUUUAUUUUUCAAAUUGUUUAUAAUCAAUCUUUUUCCUAUCAGUAAUUUAUAUUUUCAUUUGAUUUUAAUUCAUGCGUUCUUGGCGUUGUUGCUUGCAUUGCUGUUGACAAUGUUAACCUAUCUUGUAUUUAUAAUGAAUCAAUUUUUCACGCAUAUAUGAAAAAACUAUUUUUAUUUAAUCUUUUUUACCGUUUCAGAAAUCUAAAUAAAGCUCGAGGUGUACCUACCGUACAAUUUAAAAAAUA